UCGAGCUUCGAAGGUUUCAAUUGAACAAUCACUCCACACCUUUCCAAGGUGGACUGAAAACGCCAGUGGCAGUCAAAGCGAUCGAACACAUCAUUUAACAAUGAUCUGAUGUCUCUGUACCUUCGAGCUAUCUCAACGUCGUUAACACGAUGAUUGAUAUUGAGAGCCAUCGCAAUGUUGAGCAUUCCAGAGGCAUCGUCUCAUUCUUCGUGAAAACCUCAACCUCGUAAUGGGCAUUCAUGGAUGGCUUGUGAUAGACCGUUCGAGGAAUGUGAGAUCUUAUGCAGGAUGUAGAUCUGCACCCAGGGAGGCAACCUUGUGCAAAUCUAUGGAUGGAUUCUUAGUAUUUGACAGCUCUCUGCCGAAUUAUCCAGUUGAGCUUGGGUGUGAUGUGGAGGAAGGACCUGCAUAAUUCUUCGCUUUCUGUCUUUGAGAGGCGUUCGAUCCCUGCUCUAUCAGAUACAUAUGCACGCAAUUAGUGAGGCCCAAGCCCACUACUAACUUUCUUGGUAUUUCGCCAAUAAACUAUCAUGAGUGUCUUAUGGGAAACCCCACAAUCCACAAUUCGACAGACUAGUGUUGAUCCAACCUACUCGAGGACUUCUUCGCCAUCAUUUGACAUGCAGGAUUCGGCUUUCGUGAGGCGAGGGUUCAUUAAAGAGGAAGAGACUGGCCCCCCUUCAAGGGAUUUGGAAGCUUUUCUGCAAGGUACCCGUACGAUUAACAUUGAACAAUAGCUCGUCUCAGAAGUUCUACUUGUACCAUACUGUUUUUUUAUACGUCUCCGGAAGUCGAACAAGUUCCUUGAUUCCCUUACUGUGAUAGCUCACAGAAUUGGUAGAUAUUUAGUGAGUGUUUCUUGGUACAGCGGCGCGUCUCUGAACACUACUAAUCCUGCGACUAGCAAAGAUCCAGUCAUUUGACCUUUCAGAAAGGUCUAAUUGUCCCGGAAUUGUUCUGUUUAUUCAUAUUCUCGCGGACGCUGCGUGUCCCGCACUGCGGUCGUUUAAGAACACGCGACUCAAAACGCGACUUAAAUUUGUCUUGACAGCCGCAAAUAGUCUGUAAGUUAUGUCUAGCUAUAUCCCUUCUGGAGGAAUAAUAUUGGUUAUGGUGCCGAUUUUCAUGGCAUCAAUGGUGUCGACAUUCAUGUCUUCACUCAUAAAUGGAACCAUGAGCCUCCUGGCUACGCUGUUAUUCACAGAGCUCAUCGACUCACUGACAACCUCAAGUGUUUUAUACUAUACAUAUACAGUGCAGAGCACCUAAAAUAUCGUGAGUCCUCAGUUCAGCAGACCUAAAAAUAUUCAUGGUAUCUAACACCAUCUAGUUUUCGCUUCACGAUAUCACUGACCACCCCCGCAAAACCAUGCUGGUGUGCGAGAACAGGAGAGAUUCCUAUCCAGUCAAUCCAACCACAAGUACACUCACCCCAUCAGCGAGUGACUCUUACAUGGAGUCGGUACAUUCAUCUUGGGACAUUACUUUACAGCUUCAGCCUGGCACACCUCCGAAUUCCACUACUCGACGUACGUCUUUUGAUGAGACCGUCAAAAUGGAGGAUCUGUCUUUCCAUAGCCACCAUGGUCUCCCAGAGCGAUACGAGAAUACAAAUGUCAAUUCUUUCUGCGAUAUGUCAGCAAUGACCCAAGACAUGUUGACAGGUUUCCAAGAAUCCAACAUGUUCUUUGGUGUUGAUGACGGGAAGGUAUUGGCCGAAGCAAACCCCACUUUCACCUUCAACAGCUUUCAAGGCUACGCAACUGCCGCCUUUGGGUCGUUUGAUUCACAAUGUCCUUCCAGUGAUAUUCCAUCUUUGAUGGAUGAUUUGUAUUCGCCAACGGCCACAUCCGAAUCAUCAACAGCCAUGGACUUUGUGGACCCGACACAAACGACGUUGAUCGACACAUUUGCCGACUUUCGGUCAUCUCCAAUAGGCCCUCUUACACCUAUCAAGCUUGGAACUCCUUCAUCGGACUUCAAUGCUCAAAGUUCGUACAACAAUUCUCCCGCAGGGACAUUCACUACAGGAUAUCUGCCUACUCCAUCAAAUUACCAGGACCUCAGGCACGAUUCGAUCUCCCCAGUACGACAGCAAAACCUCCGAAGGCCAUAUUUUGAGUCGCCUCAAAGCACAGCUGCUCUUCAAAGAAUUCAAGCAGCAACACCAACAAGAGCAGCAGCCCGCAGAAAGAUAAAGCGAGAACCAACAGUAUCCAUACGUGUAGAAAACAGUGCCAAGCUACAAUGCACCCAUGCUGGAUGCGACAGGAAGUUUCAAAGACAAGAACAUCUCAAAAGACAUGAACAAACACACGACCCCCUUGCUCGCAAAUACCCAUGUCCCUUCUGUGAAAAGAAAUUCGGACGCACGGAUAACUUGAGAUCUCACAUCGUUCUCCACGGAAAGGAAGAUAGAAAGGCUGCUCGAACUCCAUUUCAUCCAGAUGCGAGGAGGAUGUCUGAGUCCUUGAAAAAAAAGAGUCGUAAGACUAAAGGCUUGGAUGCGAAAUCCCCGCCAGUGAGGACGUCCCUGCCUGUGAGGACGAAAUUGAAUGGUUGUUAAGAUCAGAGUGAUACAAGAUGUCAAUCAAAGAUACGUUUCAAUACUUGUAGCUUUGAAAACGCGCGUCGGGGAGAUCAGCAAAUAUUGUUAACUCAUUUUGGCAGAAUGGUUUGGGAGUUGUAGAUGAAACAUCAGGCUGGGGGGGAUAUUUCGUUCAUUCAAAUGCAUUCACUUUCAUUACCUAUUACUAACCAUGUUUUUGGUUGACUGGCAUAUUUAGAUUUAUUUCCCAGUGGAGAAUAGAGAGGAGGAAUAUUAAAAUAUAAAAGACACAGGAGGAAAUGCCAACUUUCAUGUUCGGCUUUAGAUGUAUUGGUAUUGAUUGGGUGUACUGGGUUGUAUUUUACUUGGUUGGAAUUUUUGUGGGAAUUGGAGCUUGGAGAAAUGGAUUGAUAUUGUUCCAUGUCUACUUAAUAUUGAUCUUCAUCUAG